AUAGUGCGCGCUCUCGCGACACCGAUGCCGAUGGAGACGCUCGUCUCCGCCAAAGCUGGAAUUGUGGAGUGAGAUCCGGGGGGAAGUAGGGCUGACGACGGGCGACGAGCUCCGGGCGAGGACAAAUUGAAGAUGCUGGCGGGGGCAGCUGCAGGUUGCGCAGCAAUAACCGGCUCCCGGAGGCAAAUGGGCCAGAGCUCCGACGUGACGCGCAGAAUUCAUCACACUUCGCCACUUAGCACAACAGAGUGAAACCCCGCCAGACACCUACGCCAGGCCAUCAUGUGGAUAUGUAAUGCAGGCUAGUGUAGAUGAGACAGACAUGAAAGAGUAGCGGGUUACAUACGUUAUUGUGUUGUUUUUCCAUAAGAUGGCACCAAUGUCUUACGAAUGAGGCAAUAAAAGGAAACGACCAAACAAUCCCCUCCAUUCAGAGGCUUUUAUGCUUCAUACUCCCCCCCCCCCCCCCCCCAUCACCAUCACCACCCCACCAUUUAAAGUUAAUCUGGCUGUAGUAAUCCCCUAGUCAGAGAACAGUAUAGAAUCUCAUACUGUAGGGGGCUGAGAGAGAGAGGAGGCAAGAUGUACGGGAGCGCUCGCUCCGUCGGGCACGCCGAGGGCAGCCCUGCCCGCUCGUCCCGCCUGCCCAGGUCCCCUCGCCUGGGCCACCGGCGCCUGGGCGGCAGCGGGGUUAUCAGCGGAGGCGGUGGAGAAGGAGUAGCAGUAGGAGGCAGAGGAGGAGGAGGAGGAGGAGGAGGGAAGACCCUCUCCAUGGAGAACAUCCAGUCGCUGAACGCCGCCUACGCUGCCUCGGGGCCAGUCUACCUGGGUGACCAUGAUGUGAUGACGUCCAGCGCCUACCCCAAGGCCACCAUGACCCUGGGUCGGGCCACCAACCGGGCCUCGUACAGCAGCCGCGCCACGGCCAUGGGCAGCAGCCCCAACAUCAACAUGGAGCCGGCCGGGGGCUACCGGGAGCGGGACCGGGACAGCGACACCACCAUGCACCUGCACUCGCUGCAGAGCGGGGGUGGCGGAUCGGCGACGUCGUCGCUGUUGCGGCAGGCGGUGCGUGGUGGCUCGGAGAGCCCCCUGCUGGACAUGCAUACGCAGCUGCGGGAGCUGCAGAGGGAGAACGACCUGCUGCGGCAGGAGCUGGACGUUAAGGACAACCAGCUGGGCUCGUCCAUGAACAGCAUCAAGAGCUUCUGGAGCCCCGAGCUGAAGAAGGAGCGGAGCCUGCGCAAGGACGAGGCCGGACGCACCUCCGUGGUCCGCGAGCAGAUGAGGGUGAGCCAGGACGAGAACCAGCACUUGCAGAUGACCAUCCAGGCCCUGCAGGACGAGCUGCGCACCCAGCGGGACCUGAACCAGCUGCUGCAGCAGGAGAGCCGCAGCAGCGUCGGGGGCGGCGUGAGCCCCGAGCGCCUGUCGGCCGUGGAGCCCACCGAGGAGAACUUCCAGCGGCUGCAGACGGAGCACGAGCGGCAGGCCAAGGAGCUGUACCUGCUGCGCAAGACGCUGGAGGAGAUGGAGCUGCGCAUCGAGAGCCAGAAGCAGACGCUGGCCGCCCGCGACGAGUCCAUCAAGAAGCUGCUGGAGAUGCUGCAGACGGGCAAGGGGCUGCCCGGCAGCCUGGCCGACGGAGAGGGCGUCGGGGGGCUGCGCGCCCGCCGCGAAGCGGAGGAGCAGCUGGGCCACCUGGAGGUCAUCUUGGAGCAGAAGGAGAAGGAGAACCUGCACCUUAGGGAGGAGCUGCACCGCCGGAACCAGCUGCAAGCUGACCCCACCAAGACCAAGGCCCUGCAGACCGUCAUCGACAUGAAGGACACCAAGAUCGCCUCCCUGGAGCGCAACAUCCGCGACCUGGAGGAUGACAUCCAGAUGAUGAAGACCAACGGCCUGCUCCACACAGACGGGGCCGAGCGCGAGGAGGACCUCAAGCAGGUGGAGGUCUACAAAAGCCACUCCAAGUUCAUGAAAAGCAAGAUUGACCAGCUGAAGCAGGAGCUGUCGAAGAAAGAGUCAGAACUGCUGGCCCUGCAGACCAAGCUGGAGACCCUGACCAAUCAGAACUCCGACUGCAAGCAGCACAUCGAGGUGCUGAAAGAGUCCCUCUCUGCCAAGGAGCAGAGAGCCAACAUCCUGCAGACCGAGGUUGAUGCUCUGCGGUUGCGUCUGGAGGAGAAGGAGUCGUUCCUGAACAAGAAGAGCAAGCAGCUGCAGGAGCUGACCGAAGAGAAGGGCACGCUGAGCGGAGAAAUCCGGGACAUGAAGGACAUGCUGGACGUCAAGGAGCGCAAGGUCAACGUCCUGCAGAAGAAGAUUGAGAACCUGCUGGAGCAGCUGAAGGACAAGGACAAGCAGCUGGGCAGCCUGAGAGAACGAGUGAAGUCCCUGCAGACCGACUCCAGCAACACAGACACGGCCCUAUCCACUCUAGAAGAGGCCCUGUCUGAGAAGGAGCGGAUCAUCGAGCGACUGCGAGAGCAGCGUGAGAGGGACGAUCGGGAGAAGCUCGACGAGCUGGACACCUACAAGCGUGAGAACAAGGAGCUGAAGGACAAGCUGGCGUCCCUGCAGAGCCAGCUCACCAACAAAGAGUCCUCUCUGAUAGACCUGAAAGAGCAGGCGUCGUCGCUGGCCUCCGAGGCCCUGAAAAAGGACUCCAGACUCAAAAGCCUGGAGCUGGCCGUAGAGCAAAAGACCCAGGAGUAUAGUAAACUGGAGGGCCAGCUGCAGAAGAACCCCGGCAGGAUUGAAGGGAAACCCGCGGCCUUGGAGGUGGAGGAGGCGGCACGGCGUAACCCUGAGAUGGCGGAGCGUCUGAAGGCUCUCGAGGGCGAGGUGGCGCAGCACAAGGAGGAGUCUGGGAAAUCGAAGGCCGAGGUGGAGAGACUGCUGGGCCUCCUCAGGGACGUGGAGGCUGAGCGCGCCGACAAGGACCAGAGGCUCGCCGAGCUGGAGAGAGCCUCCUCUGCUAAGCCCCUCCCAGUGUCCGCCAGUCCACAGCAGUGGGGCGGGCUAAUGUUGGACUUCUUUGGAAAGCAAGCGAAGCUGCCAAACGUUAAAGCCACACAGCCUGCUCAGUCGAGUCAGAAGAAGGAUGGACUGCCAGAUGGAGCCCCUCCUCCCCAGCAGCAGGGUGGUGCGCGGGAGACUGUGGAGCGCAUCAGGGAGCUGGAGCGACAGCUGAAGGAUAGCAUGAACACCUCCACCCACAGGGAGGCGCUGUGGGCACAGGAGGAGCAGGCGCGCACUGCAGCACAGAGACAGUUAGAGGAGUUGAUGGGUGCUCUGGAAAAGACCAGGCAGGAGCUGGAUAUCACCAAACAGCGCCUGUCUUCUACCCAGAAUUCCCUUGCCGAACGUGACGGUCACCUGAACAGCAUGCGGCAGGAACGCAGGAAACAGCUAGAGGAGAUUCUGGAGAUGAAGCAGCAAGCGUUGUUGGCAGCCAUUAGCGAGAAAGAUGCGAACAUCGCCCUGCUGGAGCUCUCCGCCUCCAAGAAGAAGAAGACCCAGGAGGAGGUGAUGGCCCUCAAGAGGGAGAAGGACCGCCUCAUGCACCAGCUCAAGCAGCAGACCCAGAGCAGGAUGAAGCUCAUCGCUGAUAACUAUGACGACGGGCACAUGCAUCCCCCCCACCCUCAUCAUCCUCCAGCCCACCACCCCCACCCCCACCCGGGGCACCACCGGGGCCCGCCACGAGGACCCCCCCACGCCGCCAACCACCGACCCCCCCCAGACCAGGACGAUGAGGAGGGCAUCUGGGCGUGACCGUAGCCAUGGAAACGGAUGCUCCAUUUUGGUUGGCAGGGAUGAGCUGGUUAUUGUUGAGGAGGUGAAAAAGGUCUGAACCUGAGUCCAUGUUUCUGUCCCCCUUUCUGACGUUUUGAGGACCCUACGUUUGUCUGAGAUGCACCAUCUCUCUCUCUCACACACACACACAUACACACACACACACACACACA